GCACAAAGUUGACAAACCAACCGACGUCAACGGUCAAGUGAAAAUGUAAAAUUGAAUGUUUUGUUGGAUCUUAAAUGUAUCUUAACUAUUCUUUAACCUAUCGACGUGAACUGUUGACUUUUAGAACUUAUUCAACAGAAAUAACCAAGAAAUGUUGUGAGACUGAACAAAGAAUAUGACUUUGCGCCAACAGAGAUUUGCUGAGGAUGUCAACAGUGCUAUCGCUGUAUGUGAACAGUAUGGAUGGCCAUUCACAGAUUUCCACCAGACAGACAAUUCACUGACCUUCGCGUACACAAAGAACAACAACAAACAGCUGGUAUCCAUUUGUAUCUCAGAUGAUUACCCAGAAAACACUUUCAUAACAAGACAUGACAAUGAGGACUUCUCAGAAUACAGCAAUGAGUCCAUAAAGAACAUCAUCAUGGGUCUGAACAGAGAGCUGAGGGAGGGUAGCAUUGACCGAUCAGACAGCAUGGAUACAGACAAUUCAUGUUACGAAGACUGCCCCGAAACCCUGGACACAGAUGAAGAUGAGGAAGAUGAUGAUGGAGUAGAUUACAUGGAUGAGUACGACCAAAUGAGGGAGGGAGAGGAAGUGGAGAUAAACCCUGUACUGCUGAGAGACAUGGAGAAGCUGUGGGGCUGUUACGGAGAACAUGUGAUGGACUACAGGGCUUUUGAAUCUAUUGAGGAAGUGGACACUGAAAUCAAAAUUAACUUGGCUUCUCUUCUCGAGAGGGAGAUAGCUGAGGCCUGGAACCUAGAUCGCCUGCAGCCAUUGGUGAUCCGACUCAACUUGUCACUGUCUCAGUACCUGGAUGCCCCUAGACCCCCUUUAAUUCAAGUGCUGCACUCCUCCAAAAGUGGAAUAAUCAGCCAGUUACAAAAGGUUUUGGCGGAUUUUAUCAGUGAGCAGUGGGGUCGGUUGAGUAAUUCUUUUAUUCAGCAGCUGUAUGACGAGGCGGAGCAGAAAACGCAAACGGCUAGCUGCACACCACAACCACACUGUGAUGAAUCUUCACAAACAGCCCACGACAGGAACAUCGCACGGCUGAUGGAAAUGGGUUUUACUGCUGACCAAGCCUUAAGUGCCCUUGUCCUUAACAAUGGAGACCUCCUGUUGUCUGUCAAUCACCUGAUGGGAGGGCAGAGCACGUCAGACGGGCAAACCACUGCCCAAGCUAGUGAUAGUUCACUACCCCCCAAACCGAGUGGUUCAGAGUAUCGGCGACAGACCUCUCAUCCAUCCGGAGCCAAACGCAUCAAGAAGAUCAGCCGGCUACAUUCAGUCGACCCAAAGGACAUACCGAAAGAUCCCGGUAUCAUUGAUUUGACUAAGGAUGGUGACGACUUCACUCUAGUACCAACAUCUUUGUGGUUUGGGAAAAAAUCCAAGAGAAUCCCUAGUCCAAAUCUUGGUUUUCUUAUACAAGUGUACCAGUAUGCCAGACAAAGAAUACCCACAUUGAACGAGUUCUGUGUAGUUUGUGAUGAUGCUCAUGUCUUUCAAAAUGGUGCAAUGUUAAAGCCCUCGGUGUGUUCGCGAGAACUGUGUGUGUUUGCCUUUCAGACACUUGGUGUCAUGGCUGAUGCUGCAGAAUCCGUGGCAACAGGCGCUGAGGUUGUAGAUUUGUUGAUAGCAAUGACCAGAUCUGCAUGUGUAUCUCCAAGACGAGACACCAUUUUCUCCCCCUAUCCCACAGUUGUGGAUCCAACAAAAUCCACAGAGCUGGCUUUAAAUCCAAAGUCCAAGGAUUAUGACAAAGUUAGAAAAAUUUUGGAGAUUAUUCCGCCGGUCUCACAGCUGGUGCAGAUCGAGCCCUCAAAGAUCAAGAGACAGAUGGAGGAGAAGAAUGUUCUGGCCUAUCCCCUCCUACAGUGGAUCAUCUCCAGCAACAGAUCACACAUAGUCAAGCUUCCCAAAGAGAGGUGCCUGUCAUUUAUGAAUACCUCUCACCAGUACCUUCUGUUACAAAACCCCCCUGCCAAGGAGAAAGUCUUUCAAGAUCUCAAGAAAAAACAUGGGAGUGAAUUUGCAUUCCAUGGCUCUAGUAUUGAAAACUGGCACUCAAUAAUUCGAGAAGGUUUAUUGGUGGGAUCAGGAACAAAAUUACAGGUAAAUGGAGCAGCUUAUGGCAAUGGAAUUUAUCUCAGUCCAAACUCUUCCACAUCAUUUAAUUAUUCCAGGAUGUAUAAAAGUGGUAAACAAAAAAAUGAGUCUGCCUCACGCUUUCUGGACCACGGACGGAGCAUGACCUGUAUAGCAUUGUGUGAAGUGAUCUCUCACCCAUCGCUGAAGAAAUCUGGUGCCAUUUGGGUGUCCCCUGAAUCCGAUCAUGUGUGUACGCGCUUCUUCUUUGUGUAUGAGGCUGGUCAGUGUGGGGAAGACGUCAAUACACAGCAUAAGAAUAACCUACAGGCAAUCCAGGAUGCGGUCAACUUCAGGGCAUGAAAUGGGGUUCAAAUUAAAUGUGGGGCAGGAAACACAUCGUUACAUAGAAUGCAACGGAAUGCUUUUCAGGGUUUAAAGGGGAUCAUGCAGAGGACAUCCAUACACAGAUUAAAAUGCAUCAGAUUGCUCUUCAGGGCUGGGUCGACUUCAGGGCUCAAGAAGGGGACCGAGAGGAGAAAUCUUCACAGUAUAGACACCCUCAAAACAUUCUCCAGGACCCAGUCAAUUUCAGGGCACAAGGAGGGGACCAAAGAGGGUCAGAGAGGAUGAAUCUUUGUAGAAUAAGCCUUUAACUCAGUACGCUUCCUCAUGGCCAGGGCCAAACCUCCUGACCUGUUCACUGGGCAAAGCUACAAUUUAAGUGGACCAAUGAAAUCACACUGUCUGUGAAGCUGUUUUGACUUAAUUUGAAUCAAGCGAACUGAUUUACUGCACAGUACCAUUUUGUAACUUUUCACAAUCCUGAAGACAGUACUUGAUAUUUUUUAUUCAUGCCUAAUAAGAACAGCUUCCUUAUUAACAUAUACAGUGAAUUCCCUUGUUUUACAAUGUGGUUAGUCAUUUGGAUUCAAUUGGAGACCUCAUUAUAUAAAUAUCUGAAAUAUGUACAUGUAUAUAUCAUUAUAUACAUAAUUACAAUUUUUUAAACAUGUUUUGUUUUUGAUAAUUAUCAUUUAAUGUUUUAUUAGUUUUUUGAUGAAGAUGCACACUAUUUUUAUUCAUAUUUUCCCGGUAUAAGAAUUGAAGCACUCUGCUUAAGCACCAUAGUGUACACGCAUGUAGUUGAUGAUUUGAACAAUCAGAACAUUUGGUCAUAAAUAUCAUACUUAAGUUACUUUCCUAUUGACAAGUUUCUUUUAGAAUCUACACUAAUUUACAUGUAUUUGUUAAGUUUGUAUAAAGCUUGUGUGGUGGACAUUGCACUGGUUUUCUUCCAAUUCAUUGGGGAUUUAAUUUUCAGUCAGUUGUCUAUGAAUGCCACUGUAACUGACCACUGUAUAUCACUAUACUCCACAACUUCGUCUCUCAGUCAUUCCACAUCCAGCAAUCUGUAGGUAUAUCUCAAGACACAACCCUUCAGCAUCUAAAGAUACAACUCAAAUUCUAUCUCCUUUCACAUUCAUGAAUCUUAAUCUACUGCUCAGUGUCUCAACACUUUAGCUUUCACCAACCUGGAGAUACAACUUAUAGUACCAGCCAGACCCAACUUAACAGAUAGCAGAACCCCAGGCCUACUUUCUGUGUCCGCUUAAGGUCUGUUUUGAGUCCAGAGCUGACCCCAAGCAGACUUCAGACUGACCCAGAGCAAGCCCAGAGCAGACAUAAGAUGGAGACCUUGAUUUCAAAAGCAGACCCUUAAAUCUCUACUGAAAAAUGACCAGUUUCUUCAUGUGUAUUUGGAAUUUACAGCAGGCUUACAGGCAGGAAGAAAAAGAUGGGUUGAUCUGCUUCACACUUCAGUGUGUAAAGUGGAUCCCAGUGAAGAGCUGACCCUGAGUAAACCCAUAGCAAACCCCGAGCCGACCCAGGGCAGACACAGUUUUAAAAAUCAGAUUCAGACCAAAACCGGACCUGGGGUCAGCUUUAGGGGUCUGGUUGGUUUUAUAGUUGUGUCUGGUCAGUACUGUAGUACACUCAGGUUUCAACAUUUUUGUAUCUCCAGGUAUACUAGUAGUUCCUUAAUCAUUUUAUCAUCCACCAGUCUUGAUCGAGCUAGUCAACUCAAAAUUAAACCACAAACCUCAAACUUUAUAAAACUCAAAAAACCUUUAAAAAAAUUAAAUUUUAUUGUUUGAUAUUCUCAAACUUAUGAAACUCCAAUUCGUAUAAUCUGUAAAUUCAACAAUCAUAAUUAUUAUCUUACGUACGAUACAGCUCAAGUUUCCACCGAGUAACAAGCAUUUUCACUGGAGGCGAAUCAUCAAUAUCCACCGACCACAAUGAACAUCGUGAUAAUGAAUAUUCCCUGAGCAUUCCCACAUCUAUUUUACUGUUCCAAGGUUUACUGGCUGUACCGUGGGGCUUCAUUAUCUGGCGGUUUUAUAUUGAAUGUUAACUUUGAUUUUUAAAACUGUUUAAUGUAACAUUGAUUGUACAUUUCAAUUAUUAGAACGAUAUAAAUAAAAUAUAUGUUUUAAUGGA